AUGGCUGAUUCCUUCCCAAAGGGUCAACAGCCAGUGAAACCACAUAGGCAUUCGCGUCUGAGAAACGAGUAUCGCGCCAGUUCAACCGACGAAGAAGACAUCGUCGAGGCGCGCAACAGCGACGCUGUUCUGGAGACGCAGCUGCAACGCCCUAGUAGUUUUGAUGUCUUCAAUCAUGACAAUGACAAAAAGUCGGAUUAUGGAAAUGACGACGCGUUUGAUGAUGUGGCGUUUCUUGAGCGCACCUCCGUCAUGAAGGAAACAGAGCUGGCCGGUCCAGCUUCACAAGAGUGGACUUUGCUGUCGAGAGAAUUGCUACGUGUCGAUCAAGGCCCGCCGCCGUCGUUUCCGCCCGUUUUCGCAUUCAAUCAGCCGAGCACAGUUGCAAAACGAGGCAAUCCUCAUAAUGUAGACCUGAAAUCGCCACAGACGUCAGCAACCCAUUUUCCGAAUAUAGGCAAUGCUCCUGGGCUUCACACUAAAGACAAUUGUCGUACAGUGGCUGCCACAACGCAUCCUCAGGGUGGAAGACGUCAGGAUAUGCAAUCUGACAUCUCUUCUCACUCGCCCCCUUCCCUCGGGUCGCCUAGAACGGAGACUGGAGCACAUGAGAUGAAAUCAAGGACUCGAGUAUCUGGAACAGAAGAGAACAGAUCCCAUAGACCGGGCAAACAGUCAACGAUAUCGCCAUCCGCACAAGCUACAACGCCAUCACGAGCAACUGAUAAGACGUAUUCUACUCGGAAAACUGGGAGGUCAAGGAACCGACUGUCUACCCAGCAGCAGGGACAACCUUGGCCACCUUGUGGGAACCAUGCCAGCCUAAUUUCGCAUCGGACAACCGCAUCUCCUUCGAUAGCGUUGACCAAUAUGGAAUGCGUCAUACGAGAUCAGCAUGGAGAUCCUGACGUCAAAAACUCGGUGGGAGAAAGUUUGGAAGAUAUCUCCGGUGAUAACGAGUUCCCUGAAGACGUUCGGGGGAGCAACGCAUGUCCAAGUCACUGUAACCUGGACGCAGAUAUGCCAAAUGAUAUGCCUAAUGAUCAGGGGUCUCAUGGAAUUACGAAGAACUUGGUAUCUUCCUGCAAAUCGCAAACUCCCCCGGCAUCUCCCGUAGUUGCUGCAGUUGUAGCGAAACCAGCCUUGAUGGCGGAUGUUGAAGACUUACCGCUAUGCGUCCCGGAUGAGAUCAAUGCAGACGACCUCAGAACUGAUCUUCACCAUGCUAGGGGUGUUGAUACAUCCACCGCAGGUCAGACUUGGAGGCCGAACUUCGCGGUUGGCGAGUCGAUGGAUCGUCUCACUGACGAUUUCAUGGAAAUGCCACAGCAGCAGACUCAUAAUUCAACACCUAUGCAGAACACUCCACCUCGGCAACAAAAUCAGAGGUCGAUUAAUGAGGCAAUCUCGCACAAGACAUCCACUCAAGGGAGAACCCGUGUCAGCAAAGUGCAAAAGAAAUCUCGCGGUACCAGCAGUAUCCUGUCUUCUGGGCCGCAGGCUGCUGCCGUACCAUCGACAAUUGACAGUCAUAUGAACGCCUUGCGUGUGUCUUUGCUUGCCGACCAGUUCCGUAAGGAGCAUGAGCAAUCAAAUUUUAAAAAACAUUACGAAGACACGAUAGCCAACCUGAACGAGCAAAUCAAAGUUAAAGAAGAAGCAAUCUUCAAGUUGAGAGGAAGCCAAGGAGAGCUUGAGUGUGCGCUCAAUCGACUGACUGAAAAAGCGAAGACGAAUCAAAAGUAUGUCGCUGGACUGCAGAAAGACUACGAUAAGGUACAGAAGUUAGUUAAAACUUUCCAAGCGCAGAAUGCAAAGACCCUGCGAGAAAAGAUAACUGAAAUUGAAACUGAGCGGCAAUCCAUGUGUCGACACCUCGAAUCAACUCUCGACUCUUUCGCAAAAUUAAAGAGAAACAUGAAGGAGACAAUUGACGAUUUGUAUGUGCGACUGACAAUCUCGGAGUCAAAAAGAGCUGGCCAUGUCGAGACUCUUAUCAAGCAGAACAGUAUGCUCCAGGAAGAGCGUACUAAGCGCGAUGCGUUGGAGAAAAGCCUAUUGGCUUCUGUUCAAACUAUACAGCAACAGAUCGGCGAGAAUACAUUGACUCUCAUAACAAAACUCGAGACCUUUCAGUCACUGGCGGCGAAAACUAGUGACUUGGAAACUCAGACCUCAGUUUCCAAAGAGUGUCUGGCAGCGAUCCAUUGCCUUCAAUCCAGACCAUUUCUGACCAUUGAGAAUAUCCAGAGAGCCGAGAGGAUGCUGCGCUCUGUGCAUGAACGUCUUGACACUGGGUUCUCCUCCAUUUCAGCUUUCGGCAAGAGCAAGGACAUGAUCACAGAAGAGACACAAAAUUUCAUUAAAACACAGAUGCAGACUCUCAAGAGUGACAUCUUGCAGCAUGAAGAGGUGGUUGCCGAGUACCAGAAGACUGACAAAGCCAACGUGGUUCUCAAAGCUCAGCUUGAAAAAGAGCAGCAGCAAUAUGGCCAGCUCGAUGCCCAGCUCAAGUCUCUUCACCAGGCUGAAAGUGAUCUCAAAACCCGAUACCUCCAGCUCGAAUGUAAAUUACGCGAUUCCCAGAAUGCGAAUCAGGAGCAAGAUUCCACUUUAAAGAUAGAAAGACAGGAGCUCUCUGAUUUGCGCCAGCGGUUCAAGCAGGCAAGUGAAGAUCUCAACUUGGCUAACGAAAAGGUUCUGCAGGUCGAAAGACUUCGACAGGAGCAAGAAAAGAAAACAAACCAGCUUGAGAACAAGUGCACCACAAUCUUGGCGGAUCUGCGCAAGAUGGCUGCAGCACCGAAACAAACCACAAAGCCUGAGGACAUGACAAAAUUACGCGAGAAAAUCGUGGAAGAGGUUCGGAAAGAGGUUCGGGAGAAGGAGUCUGGUUACAAAAAUGAAGUCCAUCGCCUUACCCUGGAGCGCGACGAGAAGGAGCAGUUGAGACAGAAGCUGCAUAACGAGCUGAACGUCUCGAAGAACCAAGUUCAUGAUCUUCGCAAGGAAGGCCAAACACGCAAGGUCGAACUUCAUUCUCUUCUCAAGGAGAAUGAAGAAGCAAAGUUAGUCAUUGAAAGUCUGCGACAAUCAGCUUCGGCAGUAUCGGCCACUGGCCCCCAGCUUGCGACUGUGACGGAUCAUUUACGAAAAAAGACAGACGAGUUACAAGCCAAGGCCCAAGAUCAUGCAAUAUUGCAACAACAGCUCGCCGAGUCCAGGGAUACUAUAGCAGGUCUCCAGGGUUCUCAUGACCAAUUGCAAACUCAAAUUUUUGAACACCGUUCUGCGAUUGAGACUCUACGUCAAGAAGCUGAAGACCGUCUUGCAGAGUCACAAAGAGACACUACUAUUGCCAUCGAGACUUCCCGAAGAGAUGCUUCUAGGAUCCGAGAAGAAAAAGAAGCGGUAAUUUUGGAACUUGCACAGGCUCAUUUGAGGGAGCACAAUCUCCAGAAACAUGAAGCUGAAUUGAUCUGCGAACGAGACAACUGGGAACGAAAAUUUGCGGAACACUACGCUGCACACGCGGACAAAGACGCAGAAACGGUCAGACUCAGAGCAGACGCUGUGAGGGACCGGCAAGAUCUUAUUGAUAAGCAUCGUACAGAGCUCGAAGCGUGUAAUCAUCGUCAAGCAAAGACUGACAUCGCUUUGAAGGAGGCAGAGGUAGAAUUAUGCCGUAAGGAUGAUGAAUAUCACGCCAGAGUCACACACGAACGAGAGAAAGCUGAGACUGAAAGGUCCAGGAUUGUGAAACAAUUUGAGUCCGUUUUACAAUCCAAAAGAGAACAAAGGGUUCCUGAUCAACAAGAACCUUCGAGCUCAUUGGGGAACGUUGAACCCUCAAACCGUCCGAAACUCAAUCUGAAGGCGGGCUCAAACCGUAAGAAAGUCAGCCGUCAAAGCAAUUCAACGACCAGUGUUGCAGGCUCAUUUGCUGAGCAACUCAGCCGUGACCUGACUUCUGAUGUGCAUCGUCAAAGCUCUGAUCACUCUGAAAAUCUAUUUGAGGAACGUAAUAGGAUUAGAAAUUCAUCCAACCAGAGAGACCAUUCUCAACUUAAUCCUGCUCCCGAGCCUGAGCCUAUUCUGGAUGCCCAAGACGCCGAGGCUCCUAGCAUGUCCAUGGAUGAGUUCUGGGAAAGUCUGAAUCAGGCGUCGAAGAGUGAGCUGGGAAUAGAAAAGGCAAGCUCCACUGACCUGAGUCUGAUGAACUCUGAUGCUCUGGAUCAUCUGGGACGAGACAUUGAGCAACCAUCGAGUUCGAAUUAUGCCAAGAGCAAGAAGCACGUAGAUGAUGCUUUGAUUCGUUCAGACAAUGUCUCUGAAUCUGGUUCCGCCUCGUCACAGUCUCAUGAACGCCCGAAAUCGCGAGCCAAUACUGCGUCCCGACUAAUGCCUCCUACGGUCACCAUCGCGAGACACGCCGCAGUACACCAGCCUAAAGGGGAUGAUAGCAGAACAGUUGUCCAGGCCAAAUGCAAGCUCAAUGAGACAAGCUCACUUAAUGGCAUGGCUCCACCCUUGCGGCCUGUUAAGAAACAGACAUACAGUCAGCGACAGUCCAUUCUAACACGUCCUGAACCAGGAAGUCCAGAUCCGUUGCAGGGACUAGACUUGACAUAUAGUCAGAAAAGAAAAAAUGCGGCCGCUUUUGAUAGAUCCAUGACAAAGAAACCACGGUCUUCUUCCCAAUAUCCAGUAGAAGAUCAAUCGUUUCGAACAAAGCACAGUUCGUCGUACUCGUCAAAGCCCUCGACCGAGGCAUCAAACUCGAAGAUACGAUCCGAUUCGUUGCAGACACCAGUGGAUCAAUCUGCAGGAUCUAGAUCACGGACGAGAAACGCCUUAUCGACCACCUUUAAACCACGUGCUUCGAACCAGAAUGCGCCACCAGAUGCUGUGUAUCACUCUCGCAAUCAGCAGACGUCUUCAAGCUCAGCACGAGGCAAAGAACCAACGCGUCGUAGCACGAGGAGCAAAAAUGGUGAGAAAGGCGGAGGUAUGCGGCGAGUGCAUAAGGUAUGCCAGGCACUGUGCAUAUCAGUAGACAAACUGAUCUUUGAAGCUGCUGUGGACAUAUCGAUAACGCCUGGCCAAAGUCCUUCGCCCAUGUUCUUCGUUUACCAUGGUCGCAAGUUUCUGGAGCGAACGGGUAUUCGUGGACAGGGUAUGAAGGCGGCUGAGAUAAUCGAAGACUAUCUGUGUAUAUUUCGGCUUGUGAGCAUCCUCGAGCAGCAGCUUCUUCUUUUCGAACUCCCUCGACACGGAGGGCAGGGGGGGAUGGUGGCCAUGGUUUUGACCUUCGAACGGCCUCGAGCUGCCUCGUCGGCCAGCGUCCCUACACCCUACCCCCUCUCCAUGGGAGUGUACCAUCAUCUUUACACAAGCUUUCCGAACAGACAAUCCAAACCUCAGGCGCCAGGCGCUGCGGACCGCAUUCCGUCUCGAUCAUCUCUUUGGAUGAGGGCGGCGGCUCAUUCUCUACAUCACCUGCCUGACCCCUCCGCACACACGAGAGGCAACAGUACCACCUCAACUCCCGCGACAGCUUGCAUGACUACGCAGUGUGUAACAAUCGCUGUCGCGAAUAUCUCAUUGACUAGAAGUCCUCCUUCCACCCUCGCCAUCUUUCUUUCCCGCUCUACCGGUACAACAUCGCCGCCCACAGAUCUUUUCGAGGCCAUCUUGAUUUCGAUCUUGGGGAGCCUGGACAAUGUCUGCCUUGCUGUGGUCGAUGUGAGCGCCGGUGACCAAUCUCAUACAUUCCACAUCAUGACUAUGAUGAAGAAGUUGAAGCGUCUGCAGCGAGCGUCUACGUGUAAACUGUCCAUCGCGACCAAGGGUCUUGGCUGGCCAUCAGCAUCACCAAUUUGGCUGCUGGCGGGAGCCGACCUUCCGAGUACCUCUCAUCGAUGCUUGACUGGGCCCAAGAUGGGUGCACCUGUCUGCAAUCCCAUCGAUGCAUCGGCAGCCUCUUAUUCAAAGGGUAGAUUGAUCCUGCAUCGCUGGCGGCGUCUAUACCCAUUCGUCCUGGAUCCAGUUCUUGAAGAAUACCGGUACAUCCGUAAACUUCAAGCCAAAAACGUCCACGGAGACCUGAGGUUAUGCGAUUCCAGAUCCGAGAUGGGGCUUUCAGACCCAUCUAUCAGAACGAUCCGAGGCGAAUAUCGGGUCUUAUCUUCCAGGAGAGUAUUUCCAUGGACAACAACAAAUGGUAGAACACUCGUUUCAGUGAGCAUGCUCGAGACUAGGAGCUCUGAGUAUCCUCCUCCGUUUAUGAUUAAUGUGACCAACGUACCUCGUCCUCUGCACAUCAUCGCUAUGAUGCAACCUUUUCGCCUAAAUUACCCUGCGGGAUCGAAGUGA